AUAUCCAAAGAUUUAUCAAACAAUCGAUGACGUGCCAACAAGAUGGAACUCCUCAUACUUGGCUUGGGUCCGGCUUAAAGAACUACGAAAAGCGAUCGAGUAUCUUGUUAUAAUGUUGCUUUCAGAAUCAGAACACUGCGACAGACUUGACGGCGAAUAUUUGAAAUUAAUAAAUCUAACUGAAAAUGAAUGGCGAUUGUUAGAUAAUCUUAUUUCAUUAUUAAAGCCAUUCUAUGAAGCCACUAACAUAUUUUCUGGUUCAAGCUAUCCUACUCUUAACCUUAUUUAUCCGACAAUGAGAUUGCUUAUUAAGAAGUUUGCACCUUCUUAUGAACAAACCAAAGAUGACUACCCCGAUUUAUUAUUCAGAUCUAUUAAUAGGCAU